AUGCGUCCGGGCGUCAGAAGUACCGUAGAGCGUCUGGAUAGGCCCAGCGCCUACUACCAGAGCCGCAACAAGCGGAGACGCGAUCGCGACGAUGGAGAGAACGGAGAGAACGCAGGGGAGCCCCCAGUCGACCCUUUGGCAAACGCGACCACCCUUUACGUGGGAAACUUGUCUUUCUACACAACCGAAGAGCAAGUCUAUGAGCUUUUUUCCAAGUGCGGCGAGAUCAAACGGCUCGUCAUGGGCCUCGACCGUUUCAGCAAGACGCCCUGCGGAUUCUGUUUUGUUGAAUACUACACACACCAGGACGCCCUCGACUGUCUCAAGUACAUUGGCGGCACCAAGCUGGACGAGCGCAUCAUCCGCACCGAUCUGGACCCGGGCUUUGAGGAGGGCCGUCAGUAUGGUCGCGGUAAGUCCGGCGGUCAGGUACGAGACGAGUAUCGCGAGGACUAUGAUGAGGGCAGAGGAGGUGUCGGCAGGGCGAUACAGAGCGAUCGGGGAGGUGACUACGACGAUGAUAGCCGAUACAGCAGGUAG